GGCUGUGUGAGGAGCGCCGGCUUUUGAGGAGGGCGCCGCCAGGUCAGGCAAACCUGGAGGGAGGCGAGAAAGUAGUGGGACCUGAGUUUGCAAGCUGAGUAGCUAAGGGAAGUGGGGGCUGCAGCUUGGUUCUGCCCCUCACUGUCCUCAGAGUCCAGGCCUGGGGCCUUCGCUCCUAAAGCUGGGAAGAGGCUGAGAGGAGCAAGGCUUCUCUGAGGGCCCGAGGAGGGAGAGCAGGGUUGGGGACAGCUCUGGGGCGCGUCCCCCGCUCCUCAGCUCUGGUCCACACUGGUCGGCAGCUCGUUAAAAUGACUGGCUAUGCCUCUACUCCCAACCCCACGCAGACCCUUCAGCAGGAAGCGGUGUGCGCCAUCUGCCUGGAUUACUUGAAGGAUCCCGUGUCCAUUGGCUGCGGGCACAACUUGUGCAGAGGGUGUGUGACCCAGCUGUGGGGCAAGGAAGAUGACGAGGAAGACAGGGACGUAGAGGAAGAUGAAUGGGAGAACGAGGAGGACCACGAGGCGGUGGGGGCUGUCGGUGUAUGGGACGAUCCCAUUCGAGAAGUUUUAUACCGGGGGAAUGCUGACAAGUUGUUGUUCGAGGACCAAGAGGAUGAUGAACUCUGGGUCGGUGACGGUGGCAUAAGGAAUUGGGACAUGGAUUAUGUGUGGGACCAGGAGGAAGAAGAGGAGGAAUAAGACUGUUACCUGGGAGGCUUGAGACAUGACCUGAGAAUUGACGUCUACCCCGAAGAAGAGGAGACGUUGGAAGAAUACGAUGAGGACGAUAAAGAGCUGUACGACACCCACCUGCCUCCUCCCCCGGCCCCUCCAUGGCUGUUCACCUGCCCCCGGUGCCUCAAGAGCUUUACCCGUCGCAGCUUUCGUCCCAACUUGUAGCUGGCCAACGUGGUCCAGAUAAUUCGCCAGAUGUGCCCCACUCCUAAUAAAGGGAGCCAGGGAAAUGAUCAGGGCAUCUGCUCCAAACACCAAGAAGCCUUCAAGCACUUCUGUGAGGUGGACAAAGAGGCUAUCCGUGUGGUGUGUCGAGAAUCCAGGAGCCACAAACAGCACAGUGUGGUGCCACUGGAGGAAGUGGUGCAGGAGUACAAGCUUAAAGCUUUUCUCUCUCUCUUUUUUGUUUUUUUGGUAUAACUAUCUACGGAGAAAAAACUGCAAGAGGAUUGUCAAAGCAGCUUGUAUUUUGCUGCAUCUUCUGCACCACCCAAGAAAGAAAAGUUAAGGCUUAACAAUGACAUGGUUAUUACAUCAUCUGAAUAAAUUUCUUGCCUUCUAAAA